GUCUUUAUGUGUGCGCGCGCGAUCGCCAUCGUGACGUCACUCGGGUGCGCCGGAAGUUCCUCUACAACGUGUUGAAGUAAAAAAUUCACGUGUGUGUAUUUUAUCUUACACCGUACAUUCAGAAGUUGGGUGAAAAAGGAACUUAUUGAGCGGAGUCAUGGGUCGCAAGUUGGAUCCCACCAACCAGGUGAAGCGAGGACCGGGGAGGAAAUCCAAGAAGCAGCAAGGAGCAGAAACUGAGUUGGCCAAGUUCAUCCCUGAUGAGGAAACGGCACCAAAGCGUAUGUCGAGUAGAGGCAGGAAAAGAGCUGCGAAAAGAGUCCUGAAUACAAAGAAGCCCAAAGCUGCUGAGGAACAGCCCAAGACAGGAUUCACUGAUGAAAACAGUAAAUGGUUGAAACCAGUCAAGAGAAAGCGUAAAAUUGGUGAAGCUGAAAGUGAAGAUGACAGUGACGAACACUGGGAGCAAGAGGAAGACGAGGAGGAGGAGGAGCAGCUGCAGGCGAAGAAGGGCGGCAAAUUAGAAAUUCAAGAGGAUGAUGAUGAUGACGAGGAUAUGGUCGACGACUACGGUGCACUCGAGGAGGGCAGUGGUGACGAAAAAGCGGAAGAACAAAGUGAUGAAGAGGAGCUUCUUCCCAUUGAGCGUGCAGCCAAGAAAGCGAAGAAGCUGAAGGAAGCCUUGGGCAUAGAGAGUGAUGAUGAUGACGACGACGAUGAUGAUGACGACGAAGAUGAUAAAGAGAAAAAGAAAUCCGAUUCUGACGUGGAUGAGGAAGACACAGUGCAAGCCAACAUGGAUGACAUGGAUGCGUUCAGGCUCCCCGGGGCCGAGGAAAGCGAGAGGGAAGGCGUCCUUCCUCUGGACCUGAAGUCAAUCUAUCAAAGAAUAAAGGACAACAUCGACGUCCUCUGUAACUUCUCGACCAAAAGGGAGGAGGGGAAAGAGCGAGCGGAGUACCUCUCUCUUCUGAAGAAGGAUCUCUGUACUUAUUACAGCUACAACCACUUCCUGCUUGACAAACUAAUGGACCUCUUCCCUCUCUCAGAGCUGGUUGAUUUCCUGGAAGCCAAUGAAAUUCACAGACCGGUCACUAUUCGGACCAACACACUGAAAACAAGGAGGAGGGAUCUUGCGCAGGCCUUGAUCAACAGAGGAGUGAACCUCGAUCCACUGGGGAAAUGGUCUAAAGUGGGUUUGGUCAUCUACGACUCCUCCGUCCCCGUCGGUGCAACCCCAGAGUACCUGUCUGGUCAGUACAUGCUGCAGGGAGCCUCCAGCUUCCUGCCCGUCAUGGCGCUCUCUCCACAGGAGGGGGAGUUGGUGUUGGACAUGAGCGCAGCUCCAGGAGGGAAGACCACCUAUAUUGCUCAGCUGAUGAGAAACACCGGGAUGAUUGUGGCGAAUGACGCCAACGCUGACAGAUUGAAGAGCGUCGUGGGCAACAUCCACCGUCUGGGCGUCACCAACACGGUCAUCUGCAACUACGAUGGAAGACAGUUCCCGAAGGUGAUGGGGGGGUUCGACAGAGUGCUGCUCGACGCUCCGUGCUCGGGCACGGGAGUCAUCGCUAAGGAUCCGGCUGUGAAGACCAGUAAGGACGAGGCCGACAUCCAGCGCUCUGCUCACUUGCAGAAAGAACUGAUUCUAGCCGCCAUCGACUCCGUUAAUGCCGAGUCGACUUCAGGAGGAUAUCUGAUCUACUGCACAUGUUCCAUCAUGGUGGAGGAGAACGAAUGGGUGGUGGACUACGCGCUAAAGAAAAGGAACGUGAAAUUAGUUCCCACUGGACUGGACUUUGGAAAGGAAGGCUUCACCAGGUUCAAAGAACGUCGAUUCCAUCCGACGCUGCGACUGUCUCGCAGAUUCUACCCUCACUCGCACAAUAUGGACGGAUUCUUUGUGGCCAAGCUGAAGAAAUUCUCCAACGUAGUUCCAACUGCAGCGACAGGAAACGAAGAAGAAAAUGCAGAUGCUCCUGAGGCGACGGAGGUUACAGACUCUUCUGAAGAGGAACCAUCCAAAAGUCCCAAGAAGAAGAAGAUGGUCCCCGGCAAGGCGGGCGGCUUGAAGAGGAAACCCCAAACCAACGGAACAGCAGCCAAGAAACCAGCGAGCGUCAAGACCAAGGGCAAAAAGAACUCGCCUGCCGGACCAAAGAAGGCAAAGAUCGCCAAGAUGGACGGAGAGACUGUGAAAGCGUCCGAGGCCAAGAAACCUGCAGCGAAGACGGCGGGUGGCGCUAAAGCGUCGAAGGAAGGGAGCCGGUUUGAGAAGAAGCAGAACAAACUGAGAAAGUCCCCCAUGAAGGCCAAGAAAAGAAUGGGAAAGAAUAAAUUCAGAAAGUUGAAGAGCAUGUUGGGCGAAGAUGGCGAGUGACGGUGUGUACAGCGUGAUGUGUCGUUAUGUAAGAGCUUCCUCAUCUCCACAUCCUUCAGCUCCGUUGUCACGACGUCACAUGUUAUUUGUAAUGUGUACAAAUGAAUCAGACUUAAAUCCUCCUUUGUAUUUGUAUUCCAUAAUAUUCAUUAUGUUUGUCUGCUGAUUUAAUCGCAGGGUGGGACAACUUCCGUAUAAUCUGUGAAACAUAAUAAACCUUUUAAGAUAUCUUUCUCA